GUAAGCAGAGUCACUGUCUCAACAUCAGUCGAAGCACAUCAGCUCAGCUAAACAUGGACACCAGCGGUAUUAUUCCCGACAUCAUCGAUGAGAAGCCAAAGGCUAAGGCAACCGUCGCUUUCGGCGGUGUUCAGCUCGAUCUCGGCAAGGAACUGACACCCACACAGGUUAAGGAUCAGCCCACCAUUACCUGGGACGCUGAGGCUGGUGCUUUGUACACUCUGCUCAUGGUUGAUCCCGAUGCACCCAGCCGUGCUGAUCCCAAGCUCCGUGAGGUUCUCCACUGGGCUGUGAUCAACAUUCCCGGUAACAAUGUCGCCGGUGGUCAGGUGUUGGCCGAGUAUGUUGGUGCUGCUCCAGCUGACGGAAGUGGUCUCCACCGUUAUGUCUUCUUGAUCUUCAAGCAGGGCGACAAGAUCACCAGCGACAAGAUCAUCCCCAAGACCUCCCGCGAGGGUCGCCUCAACGUCAAGAUCCGUGACUACGUGUCGAAGUACAACUUCGGCGCUCCCGUGGCCGGCAACUUCUUCCAGGCCCAAUACGAUGACUUCGUGCCCACUCUUCUCGCCCAGGUUAAAUAAACCAUUCUCUUUUGUCUCUAAAGAACUGUAAACUAAUAAAUUUUAUACGCAUUUGUCCGUAAGCAAAAAAACAAAU